AUGUUGCACUAUUGUUUCACAACAACGUUUGCUUUGUUGUUCAGAUCCUACCGCAGGUACCUCCAGACGGCAGACCGUGACUUGGACAAUGGAGACCUGGACGCAGCAGAGCAGAACCUAGCAGCCGCCCUGAAGCUGGUUCACGAUCGCAGUAAACCCAACAAGGCUAAAGAAGCCGACUGUCUGUGCAGGUUGGGUGACGUCUACGUUGAGCGAGGUAAGCGGACAGGAGAAGGUAGGAAAUUCACACAGGCGGCAGCUCUGUAUAACGCCUCCAUGGCUCGGUCAGAUGGAGACAAACAAAACAUGGUACGAAAACUGCAAGAAACAGAAAGGCGGUUUCUUAGAAACACAUGUAAUUACCUAGACUGUGAACCGUGUACGUAUAACAGUGCGUUAGAUCACAUAAAGGAACUCGACAACUCGCGCGCCCGUGCAAAAUCUCAGCUCGAAGCAGUUCAUCAGGAACACAACCCUUAUCAGUAUGAUGAAGACGAUCCCGUCGUGAGAGAGGUAGAGAUCAAACGAGCUGAAGCAAUCAAGAACUUGUUCAAGAGCAUCACAGCUGGAAGACGAGAGUUUAUCCAAGUACUGACAGAUGAAUGCAUCGCCAAACUCGGACCUCCUCCCUGUAAGUACGCUUUCAUCGGGAUGGGGUCACAAGCCACAGAACUGGUGACGCCGUACUCCGACCUGGAGUUCGCCAUUCUGAUUGAUGAGGGAAAGGAUGAUGAUGAUACACGGACGUACUUCCUAAAUCUCACACACUACUUACAUCUAAAAGUCAUCAACCUUGGAGAAACCAUCCUCCCAGCCAUGGCCAUCCCGUCACUCAACGACUUUCUCUCAGAAGACCCAGAGAAAGACUGGUUCUAUGACUCCGUCACACCUCGCGGCUUCGCGUUCGACGGCUUCAUGCCUUGGGCUUCUAAGACUCCGCUUGGAAGAGACCAAACCAAAAGCAAACCUACUGUUAGUCUCAUCCAGACUCCUACCAAGUUGGCCAAAUAUCAGCAUUUGCAAAUCGCCCUGUCGGAAGGCUAUCACCUGUCAGACAUCCUAAGACGGGUGACCUACUUAACAGGAGACGAGUCUUUGGUAGAUGAGUAUACAAGCAUUGUCAACAAAAGCGUAGAACGUUCCCCUGUUCUGUCACGGUCGUCAGCAAUGCUAAUGCUGAAGGAUGAUAUUGGACAAAUAGAAAACGUUGAAGCAACGGACCAACUUCUGGAUGUGAAGAAAGAAAUCUACCGUUUUCCCAGCGUGACCGUUGAUGUGUUGAGUAUUUGCUGUGGUAUCACAAUCCCCAGUGUGUGGGGAAUGAUAGAAGAGUUACACAAGACACAGCGGAUAAGUGACGAAGAUGCCCACCACUUGACUGUACUGAUCAGCAUCUCAGCGGAGCUACGGUUAAGAACGUACAUUGCCAACGGAGGACAGAAGGACAGACUGUCUCCUCUCAUGGAGAUGAAAACCCAACUGGACAAACAAGACGUAGAUGACACCAUCGUUGAGUCAGUUUUCCACAUACCGGAGUCUAAAAUGUUGUUCAGGUACUACUAUACAGCCAUUCCAUUGAAAAGAUGUAUCAUCGAUACAGUUCAAAAGCAAAAUCAAACCACAAAGAUAUUCCCAUUAGCCAUCUUUGACAUGUCAUCUCAAACCAGGGGUGGAAUAACAAAACAGCUGCUGCAGUUUGACGCAUCCGUACGUUACUUUGAGGCAGCACUGGAAGAGGCGGGCGGCGACGAGAAAAAGAAGUUAGAAAUACUUGUUGAACUAGGAAGUGUCUCGCAAAUGCGGGGUGACUAUAAAGAUGCGAUAAGUUACUACAAACGGGCACUUAGCUCUGAAAAUAUUAUUUAUGCAGACACCAAAACGCGUCCCGUCCUUUCCUUGCUAUUUGGAAACAUUGGGCUAUAUUGGAGUCACAUUGGUAAUCAGAGAAAGGCUAUCAAUUAUUUCGAACAGUCCAUGAAGAUGAUAAAAGCUAUCUUUGGAGAAUCAACGCCACAUCCUGACAUUGCUUCAUCACUAAGCAACAUCGGGUCAUGCUGGAGUGCCCUUGGCAAUAACAGGAAAGCUAUCAAUUAUCACAAACAGUCACUGAGAAUGAUGAAAGCUAUCUAUGGCGAAACAACGCCACAUCCCGACAUUGCUAAAUCACUAAACAACAUUGGGGCCUGUUGGAGUAACCUUGGUGAUCAGAGGAAUGCUCUCUCUUAUUAUGAACAGUCACUGAAGAUGAGGAAAGCUAUCUAUGGCGAAACAACGACACAUCCUGGCAUUGCUGAUUCACUUAACAACAUUGGGAAAUGUUGGAGUGACCUUGGUGAUAAGAGGAAAGCUAUCGGCUAUUACCUACAGUCUCUGAAGAUGACGAAAGAAAUCUAUGGCGGAACAACGCCACAUCCUGACAUUGCGUCCUCGCUCAACAACAUUGGGGCCUGUUGGAGUGACCUUGGCGAUCAGAGAAAAGCUAUCAGUUAUCACGAACAGUCGCUGAAGAUGAAGAAAGCUAUCUAUGGCGAAACAACGCCACAUCCCGACAUUGCGACAUCACUAAACAACAUUGGGACCUGUUGGAGUAACCUUGGCGAUAACAGGAAAGCUAUCAAUUAUCACAAACAGUCCCUGAGAAUGAGGAAAACUAUCUAUGGCAAAACAACGCCACAUCCCGACAUUGCUAAAUCACUAAACAACAUUGGGACCUGUUGGCGUGAACUUGGCGAUCAGAGAAAAGCUAUCAGGUAUCACGAACAGUCGCUGAAGAUGAUGAAAGCUAUCUAUGGCGAAACAACGCCACAUCCCGACAUUGCAUCAUCACUAAACAACAUUGGGGCCUGUUGGCGUGCCCUUGGUGAUCAGAGAAAAGCUAUCAGUUAUCACGAACAGUCGCUGGAGAUGUGGAAAGCUAUCUAUGGCGAAACAACGCCACAUCCUGAAAUUGCGUCAUCACUAAACAACAUUGGGAACUGUUGGAGUAACCUUGGUGAUCACAGAAAGGCUAUCAGUUAUUACGAGCAGUCACUGAAGAUGAAGAAAGCUAUCUAUGGCGAAACAACGCCACAUCCUGAAAUUGCGACAUCACUAAACAACAUUGGGAACUGUUGGAGUAACCUUGGUGAUCAGAGAAAGGCUAUCAGUUAUUACGAGCAGUCACUGAAGAUGAGGAAAGCUAUCUAUGGCGAAACAACGCCACAUCCUCAAAUUGCGUCAUCACUAAACAACAUUGGGGCCUGUUGGAGUAACUUUGGUGAUCAGAGAAAGGCUAUCACUUAUAACGAGCAGUCACUGAAGAUGAGAAAAGCUAUCUUUGGUGAAACAACGCCACAUCCUGACAUUGCUAAAUCACUAAACAACAUUGGGAACUGUUGGUGUGACCUUGGUGAUCAGAGGAAAGCUAUCAGUUAUCACAAACAGUCACUGAAGAUGAGGAAAGCUAUCUUUGGUGAAACAACGCCACAUCCCGACAUUGCUGGCUCACUAAACAACAUUGGGAACUGUUGGAGUAACCUUGGCGAUCAGAGGAAAGCUAUCAGUUAUUACGAACAGUCACUGAAGAUGAGGAAAGCUGUCUUUGGCGUAACAACACCACAUCCCGACAUUGCGCAAUCACUAAACAACAUUGGGAACAGUUGGCGUGACCUUGGAGAUCAGAGGAAAGCUAUCAGUUAUCACGAACAGUCACUGAAGAUGAGGAAAGCUGUCUUUGGUGAAACAACGCCACAUCCUGACAUUGCGUCAUCACUAAACAACAUUGGGGCAUGUUGGAGUGACCUUGGUGAUCAGAGACAAGCUAUUAGUUAUCACGAACAGUCACUGGAGAUGAGGAAAGCUAUCUUUGGUAAAACAACGCCACAUCCCACUAUUGCUACAUCACUAAACAACAUUGGGACCUGUUGGGAUGACCUUGGUGAUCAGAGGAAAGCUAUCAGUUAUCACGAACAGUCACUGAAGAUGUGGAAAGCUAUCCAUGGUGAAACAACGCCACAUCCUGGCAUUACUACAUCACUAAACAACAUUGGGGCAUGUUGGAGUCACCUUGGAGAUAAGCGGAAAGCUCUUUCUUAUCUCGAACAGUCACUGAAGAUGACAAAAGCUAUCUAUGGCGAAACAACGCCACAUCCUGACAUUGCUACAUCACUAAACAACAUUGGGGCAUGUUGGAGUGACCUUGGUGAUAAGAGGAAAGCUAUCAGUUAUUACAAAGAAGCACUGAAGAUGAUGAAAACUAUCUAUGGUAAAACAACGCCACAUCCCGACAUUGCUACAUCACUAAACAAUAUUGGGGCAUGUUGGAGUGACCUUGGUGAUCAGAGGAAAGCUAUCAGUUAUCACGAACAGUCGCUGAAGAUGAGAAAAGCUAUCUUUGGUGAAACAACGCCACAUCCCGACAUUGCUGGAUCACUAUACAACAUUGGGAACUGUUGGAAUGACCUUGGCGAUCAGAGGAAAGCUAUCAGUUAUCACGAACAGUCACUGAAGAUGAGGAAAGCUAUCUUUGGCGAAACAACGCCACAUCCCGACAUUACUAAAUCACUAAACAACAUUGGGAACUGUUGGAGUAACCUUGGCGAUCAGAGAAAGUCUAUCAGUUAUUGCGAGCUAUCUCUGAAGAUGAUGAAAGCUAUUUAUGGCGAAACAACGCCACAUCCUGAUAUUGCUUUAUCAUUAAAUGCCAUUGGAUCGUGUUGGCACAGACUUGGUGAUCACAGUAAAGCCCUACGGAACAAGUGA